AUGUCAACAAUUCCGCUUCUAUUCCUUUGUAUUGUUGUUCGAAGCGAUGUAAGGAACGGAAAUGUAGCAACAGGCCGUAUCGAUGUACAUACCGCUAAUCCAAAUAACUACACCAUAAACGAAAAUUACUUGAUUCAUCCCUCGAUAAACAAUGAUACAAGGACCAACAGCCACAGUAAGAGAAAAAUACGGAAAGAACUGCGGGACCUGACGGGAGAGGAACUGGCAGAGUACAAGAAUGCAGUGAACAUGCUAAGGGAUCAUGGUAUAAUCGAUGAUCUGGCCCUUCUACACACUGCAUGCGAAACAUACGCACACAACAGCACGCGAUUCUUGCCAUGGCACCGCGCAUUUCUGCUGUACUUCGAGCACAUCAUAAAAACCGUGACCAAUAAAACAAUUAGUGUGCCAUACUGGGACUGGUCGAUGGAUGCCUACACACCUACGCAAUCAUACGCUCUCCAGCACGUGUGGCCAAUCAACGAUACCAACCAUUGCUUCCGCGUAAAUUUUCCUUUUACCCAUUGCGUAAAAAGAUCAACAUUCAUUGAUGCAUUCUAUGGCACAGCACAGAUUAAAAGAAUGCUGAAAUUACCGUUUAGCAAAUUUUGCACAUCUUUUGAGAUUGUGCCACACGCUAUCGUCCAUUUGAAUGUGGGUGGUAAGGAUGGUGAUAUGGCAAUGCUGUAUUCAUGCAAUGAUCCCAUCUUUUUCCAUCACCACUCUUAUAUUGACUAUGUGUGGAGUGUUCAGCAGGUUAAGGGGGGUAAUUGGUACCACGGUGAUUUUGAUGAAAUGCUGUUUCCCUUUGAAAUGCGAGUUAGGGAUGUGUGGAAGAGUGCGGUUGAGUAUAAACCGUACGCGAUUGAUUAUAUGAAUGGUGGGGAUGGCAAGAAGAGCGAAAGGACCGGUAGCAUUGGUGAUGGGGCCAAUAAUCACGGUGAUGAUAAUCGCAGUGGUAAAGAUAAGGAUAACGAAAUAGGUAGAAAAGGUGCUGGGCUGAGCAGCAAAAAUGGUAACAAUAAAACGGGCAAUAUACAUGGAAGUAAGAGCGGUGAUAGUAGGAUAAACGAUUAUAAACCUAUCGGUACCAAUUACAGGCACGGUAUUACUCGCAUACCUGAUUUUUAUAUUAAAAGGCACAAGUACAGCAAAAGAAGAACAAGACUGACAGAGCGUUAUCUGAACGAUGCUAUGAGUCUGCUGGACAGGAUACUGUUCUAG